CGGGGCAGAGCAGGGGCGAAGCCGACCGCUCCGGUGCCGAGCCGCUACUCCGCCUUGUAGGAGGCGCGCGACGAACUUGCAACUAGCGAGGGCUCCCUCGGCGGAGAAGAAGCAGGAAAGAAACGCGAAGUAUCUCUCGCCUAGGAGAGCCGAGCCUGUGACCUUGCGCAGUGGAGGAGGAGAGUGGCCGAUUCCGAGAGAGCGAGGAGGCGGAGGAGGAAAGAAGCCGCGCGAGGAAGAGGAUCUGCUUUGCUGAAGGAUUCGUCCAGAAACACAUAUAAACACUGUUAAAAGAAGGAAUUGAGAAUGCAUAUCUAUAGGAACAAAUCACAGAAAUGAUCCAGAAAGUUUAAUCCCCUCUACCUUUUUGUGAUGGAGUUGAAAGUCUGGGUAGAUGGAGUCCAACGGGUUGUAUGUGGCGUUUCAGACCAGACGACAUGUCAGGAAGUUGUCAUAGCAUUGGCACGGGCCAUUGGUCAAACAGGCCGCUAUGUUCUCAUUCAAAGACUACGUGAGAAGGAGAGGCAGCUUCUCCCACAUGAAUGUCCUAUAGAGUUUCUAUCCAAAUGUGGCCAAUAUGCCCAGGAUGUGCAAUUUAUAUUGCAGCGUACCGGCCCCAGCCUCAUAGAGAGGCCUUCUUCAGACAAUGCCACCCAGAUACCCGAGAGGACGUUUGUCAGGGCUAGCUUGCCUAUUAAACCUAGACCACUCAGUACAGAAGUACCUAGAACCAGGCAACCCAAAAAGUCUUUAACUUUCAACUUGGGUCCCGGGAGUUCAGGUGAUGCCUGUGCCAAAAACAAGCUGAGACAGCCCAGAAAGGACCCAACGUGUGUUAGAGAUGGAGCCAGAGGGGGGUUACUUUCCAAAGAGGAGCUAUUCAAGACUGUCCUAUACCAGCAGGAGCAUCUCUACGCCUUGGAGAUGCAAGGUGAUGCCUUGGAAAUGGACAUCAGGCAUUGGGAAUCCAGCCAAGGCUCUUAUCAGGAGGAUGAGAUUUUGCGGCUAGAGCAGCUGGUCCACCAAAAUGAGAGCCAGCUGAGUGAGGAAGAAUUUUGGCAGAAUGAACUACAAUCAGAAAAGGAGCAUGAAAGGGAGCGGCGGGAGAAAGUGCACAGCCUGAGGGCCACAAUGGAGGAGUACACCAAAAAAAUCCAUGAGCUUAUGGUAAAAACAGAGACCUUGGAAAGAGAAAUCCAGUGGGAAAUUGCUGAGAGAGGCAAGAAGACCAAGGAAACUUCUACCCAGAAUCCUACUGAGUUAGUGGGAAUGGCCGCUAAAAUAAAGAGAGACCUGGAAUCCAAGGCCAAGCAAACUGCCCAGCUGGAAAGCAGCCUGGAUACAGUGGGAAGGGCCUUGGAGGAAGCAGAGUACAAUCUGCAGGCCCAGAACCAAGAGCUGGAGGAAUUGAAUAAGGAACUCAGGCAAUGUAAUUUACAACAAUUCAUCCAGCAGACAGGAGCCAUGGUGACUACUCCACAGGCCAGAACAGAGGCAGAAUCGCAGCUGGAUCAAAUUAGCCAAGAGUUGCCAACUCACCAGAGAAAUGGAGAUUUGUUGGAACUCAGCAGAAACUCACCUCCAGGACCUACAGCCAAGCAUUUCUUCGGCAAUCCACAGAACCUCCAGAGUCCCCUGGUGUCCAGCUUGAACCCCGAGGUUGUAUCGGCAAAGCGGAGCAUCUGGAGGUAAAAAGGACAGCCAAGAAGGACUGAUAGUUUUGCAAAUGUAACAGAUAUACAGAUAAAAACUCUUAAUUACAUAUGUAUAUUCUCCUUCUUAGAUGGAUAUAGAUGGUUGUGCAGAAUAUUUUUACAGGCUUUUUUUAAGUAAAAAGGAUAUUUGGAGGAAGCAGACUGCUUGUAUUUUUUUUAAACGUGCCUGUUAUAAUUUCAAAUGAAAAAACUGGAACAGUUUUGUUGAAAAUGUAUGUAAGACUCCAUUCUAUAUAGACGAUGCUUUGGACUGAAUAGCCAUUGCCUUUAGAGGGCUAUCAGCUGUGCUGGAGAACUGUUCAAGGCAGAGAACAGCAAAAUCUCUAGAUCCAUUCAGCUGCCCAACAAAAGAGGUGUGUAUUACCAACCAGAUUUCUUUACUAAACUCUAUCAAUGCACUGGAGCAUUUCUUAUUGUUUAUUGAAUGAUGAUCUUUUUGUUGGAUAAUGAUUAUAUUUCGUAAAGUAAGUGGUGUUUUUUUAAUUUGAUAAGAGAGAAAUUAUUCUAUUCCUGAUAAGAAUAUAAAAACAAGGAAUACUACUCUGGGACAGAAGUUUUUGUGGCCAUCCAUAGAUGCCUUUUAUGGUGUGGUUGAUGCUGAGUCAGUCUUUUAUUUAAAAAAUCCUUCAGAUCUGAUAAAAGAUGGGAUUGAGGUGCUAGUCCUGUCUUGCCAUUUGUGUCUCAUGCCAAGUAUUUUGUCAUCCAGUGUUGUAUGGUGUAAUUUUGCCUAUAAAUUGCUUCAGCAUAGAAAUGUGUAUUCUCUACUCACACCAUAAUUUUGGAAUCUAGACUAUUCUAAGACCCAAAAUAAAAAAAUUUCAACUGAA